UCAAGAAGAGGGUUUAGUUGACAUCGUUUUAUUUAGAAUAGUCGUUGGGCAAUCGGGGUCUCAGCGUUGGCUUUAGCGUUUGGGGUAUCAAUGCCCUCCCUCCCGUGCAGUGGAUCCUACUCACUCGAUCAUGCACUUCUUCUCCAUACGCGACAAAGCGCAUGCUUUCACCUUUAGGAUUGUCUGAGCAUCUUUAGUCACUGGAUAAUUUGAUCUGGCUGCUCACAAACAGGAGAAAUGAAGACCAAGGCCGACAAAGUAUUGAACCAAGCUCCGCUCCAAGACCGGAGCUGAGCUGGGCUCCCUCUAUUGUGAGCCCGGAUGGAGGAGUGGAGGUCGAUGACGUUCAUGCUGGCCGUGCCAUGGAAUCUGCUGUCGUGCUCAUAAUGAUCCGCACCAAAGAAACCCCCACUGGAAUGAAUAGAAGAUGUGUGGCUUAGUCAAUAAUAAUAACCAUAAGGACAUCAACAAUUACAUAACAACCAGAAUGCUGCUGAAACAGAAAGUAUCGAAGAAUUGAGCAAAAACACUUGACACCAGAUGUACACGAUGGCCAUGUUUACCUGGCUUCAUAAAUAACAUGACUACUUCUAAUCUGCAUGACACAUGUGUUAUAAUUACUAGUUAGUUACCGUGCUCACUCUGUAAAUAAUAGUGCAGUGUAAGGUGCUUUUUAUGGUGGCACAGCAGACACAAGCCAACCUCAGGACUAACUGACAGAGAUGUAUGAAGAUGAAUAGGUAGCAGUGCAUCCAGUAACCAGAAAGUGCUCUGUUAGCAGGUCACGCCUGAUGAGCUAAGGCAGAUAGCAUUGGAACCAAGUGACGAGAGACCUCAGAGAGACGGCCCUAGAUGCGCUGCUGGCGAUAGCAUCUUUGGCUAUCUAUCUUUUAGUAGAAGUUGCAUCCACGCCAGACAAUCAAGGAAGCGUUUUUUUUGUCUUAAUCCCGUCGACAUACCAUGAACCCUCGAGACAGCAUGGAGGUAAUGGAUUCUGUGGGUCCGACAUUGGAGUCGCUGGGAGACGCUAACAGUCAAGAGAAGGAGAUGGAGGGCAUGGACGACAAGACCCCCGGAGCCUACGACUGCAACAUCUGCGGGCGAAGCUUCCCCUUCCUCAGUUCCCUGUCCCAGCACAUGAGACGCCACACGGGCGCGCGGCCCUACAAAUGCCCAUACUGCGACCACCGGGCCUCCCAGAAGGGGAACCUAAAGGUCCACAUCCGCAGCCAUAAGCUGGGCACGCUCUCCAGCUACCACUCAAACGACGACGAGGAGGUCGGCGCCGACGAGGAGGAAGAGGAGACCUCCUCCGCCGAGGUCAGCGUCUCCGAGGGCCUGGACGGCGGCACCAGCCCCACCAAGAGCAGCUCGGCCUGCAACCGCGUGGUCAGCGGCGACUCCGCCGAGGAGGGCCGCCGGAAGAUCCCCGCCAGGAGCGUGAAGCGGGAGAAGCCGACGGCGUCGGGCCAGCGGCCGUUCUGCUGCCGGCUGUGCGGCUACGAGGCACAGCGCGAGGACCAGCUCCUCAGCCACAUCGAGAAGGUCCACAUCACGGCCGACAAGGAGGAGGACGACCCGCCGUCCCUGAAGGAGGACACCGGCUCCGAGGGGGACACCCCGGUGCAGCCCAGCGACGACGGCACCUUCCCCUGCGAGACGUGCGGCCAGGUCUUCACCCAGGCCUGGUUCCUCAAGUCGCACAUGAAGAAGCACGCGGGGAUCCUGGAGCACUGCUGCCGCGUCUGCGGACGUCGCUUCCGGGAGGCGUGGUUCCUCAAGUCCCACAUGAAGACCCACAACACAAAAUCAAAGUCGAGACCCAAAGCCGAGUUCACCGAUCCCCCGGCCACGAUCAACGACGUCGCCCAGGACCCGGAGGCCGGCGGCGGCGCGGUCACCUCCGUUUACCAGAUCUGCUGCAAGUGCGGCAACCUGUUCCACAGCAGGGAGAGCCUGCGGGCCCACGAGAAGGUCCACAAUCCAGGCCACGGCAAGAAGUCCCAACGCAGGGCCAGCGACGACGAGGACUCACCCGCAGCUAAGAGAUGUCUGCUGGACUACCUGAACCUCCGGGCGGUGGAGGAGAAGGAGCAGCAUACCCCGGAGGAGGAGAUGGUGGUGGAGGAGGAGGAGGAGGAGGAGGUGGAGGAGAAGAACUGGCUGGGUCAGAGAAUCCAAGAGCUCGACCCUGUGUGCAGCUACCAGGCCUGGCAACUCGCCACCAAAGGGAGGGUGGUGGAGCCAAUGGAGCCCAGUCGUAAGGGCUCCUCCAGGGGAGGGAGCAUGGGCGAGGACGGCCUGGCCGGGGCCGCCGUGGUCUACGAGAAGGAGAGCAGCCGCUACGUCCUGCAGGGCCAAGAGCGACGCAACACGGCCCGGCGGAACCGGACGUCCUCCGGGGACCAGACCCCCGAGAGCCACAGCGACUCAGAGUACCGGCCCUCCUCGCGGCAGGACAGGCGCCGACCGUCGUCCACGUCCUCGUCCCACACGCAGGCCUCCUCAUCCUCCAAGGCCAACGAGUGCUUUGAGUGCGGGAAGGUGUUCCGCAGCCGGCACCAGCUCAGCGUCCACCUGCGGGUCCACAGGCGGGACGGAGGGAAGGCGCCCGGAGGGGAGAAGGACAGGAACACCAGGGACGAACGCUGGGGCUCCACCAGCGAUCCAGAGUCCGGCUCCCCCAGCCGGCCCGGAACACCUGGUUACGGGGACUCCCCACCGGCCUCAACCCUGGGGGACCAGGCCUCUGAGAUGGGCAUGGCCAACGCGGGAGCGCUCACAGAUGAGAAGCCGUACAUCUGCAGCCUAUGUGACUUUACAACCACAGAGUCACAGAUCUAUCUCACGCACGUCCGCGUCCAACACCCGAUCAACAACAACAACAACAACAACAACAAUGACCGACCCAGCUCUGCCCCAGGGGCUGCCGGCCCUGGCCCCGCCAACAGGUCAACUUCCAAGCUGAAGAGCCCCCUCCUCCUCCACACGCCCCCCCACCCAUACCUCUCGGCUCCACCCGCCAGAGACAGGCGACCGGCGGAGUUGUCCCCUGUCGACCCCGGCCCGGCCCCGCUGGACCUGUGCGUGCGCCCCGAGGGCCACAGGGGCCCGGCCUCGGCCCCGGAGGGCGGGGGCCUCCCCCGACACAAGUGCUCCUUCUGCUCGCACUCCACCAGCUACCCCGAGGUGCUGUGGAUGCACCAGACGGUGGCCCACCGCAUCACCAGCGGCAGCUCCACGCUCGCCCCCAAAUGGGCCCUGAGGCCCACCACCACCCUCGGGACCUCCGGGGAGAGCUCUUCCUCUUCGUCCUCGUCCUCUGGCAGGCGCACCGGCCCCCCACCCGUCCUGGAGGGCAAGGAGUGCCCGCCGUUGCCCUCGGAGACGCGCAACCCUCGAACCCGCCCCCCGACCCACUGCAACGAGCCCGCCAAGAAGAGCCGGCCCGCGGGCCACCCCACCGCCUCGCCUUCGCCCGCCGCCUCCUCCUCCUCCUCCUCGGGCCGGCCCCCCUCGGCUUCAGGGAGGCCCCCCCCGGCCCAAGGGAGGGCCCACGGCCGGCCGGUGGCCAGCAGCGGCGGCGGCGGUAGCGGCGGCGGUAGCGGUGGCGGCGGCGGUGGCAGACGUUCAGAGCAGGAGCACACCGCGGCGGCGUCGCGCUCCAGACCCAAGGUGGAUAUGUACCCACGAGGCGCCACGUCGUCGUCCUCCAGCGGCUCCCUUGAGAAGAGCACCGGGGCUCCCCAGCGUCCCCCGGCCCCGCCCCAGGCCCCGAGCCCCGGCUCCACCGCCGAGGGGUCCAGGCUGGCCGACCGCUACCUGAUGCCCCAGGAGGGCCUUGGCUUCAUGCUGUCGAGCAAACACGGCCUGGCGCCGGAGUACGGCAGGGCCAGGGCCACUCCCCAGCCCCACAAGGCCAGCUCCCUCCUCCAUCACCACCCCAACACCCCCAACCACCACAACCACCCCCACCACCACACCCAGCAGGCGCACGCCAACUCGGCCCACAGCCAGGGCCAUGCUAACGCGAGCAGGCCCAGCGCCAUUAGCCACAGCUCGCUAGUGGGGCGUGGCUACGGAAGCACCGCCUCCUCGCCCCACACACACGGGGGCGCUCUGCAGAACUCCGGCGUCGGGGCAUCGCUGUCCUCCGGUGUUCGGGGUGAGAUGAAGCAGGAGGCACCCGCCGAGACGCCAGAGAUGCCUGUUGAUAUUCUGGGUUUCCUGAAGAACUACAGCCCCCAUGAGCUGGCGGCUCUCUAUCAGCGCUGGGGCGCGGCCAAUGCGAUGAUGGAUCCCUCUGG